AUGUGUCAAAGUUUUAUUAGGAACAUCUGGGUCCCUAGGACACCCUACUGCUACCAGGAAAUUUGGGUAGGAAUGGUGGUAACCUUCAUACUUUAUAAAAUCAGUGCUGCUGAUAAAAGAUGUGAAACUUUGAAAGGCUGGAGUCCUGCACCUGUCCUGGUCGCUAUUAGCUAG